AUGGUCGGCUCGAACCUCGCGCCGUUCCUCGCCGGGGUCUUCGUGACGACGCUACUGUUCACGCACGACGCCGUGGGAGGGAACGAGCUCCUCGUCGCGCGAGGGCUGCUCGCGCGCGCGGGAUGGAGUUGGAGCCGCGGCGGCGGCGACGCAGAUCCGUUGAUGACGAGGCGCGGCGACGCGCGCGACGGCGGAGGGCCGGACCCAGCGCGCGCCGGGGAGCUCCCGCGCGCCGGAGACGUCUCCGCGCGCGCGCCGCCGACGUCGCCGCCGACGGCCUCGUCUCUCGGCGUCGGCGUCGGCGGUGGCGGCGACGACGACGACGACGACGCGUCGUCGGACGCGACGACGACGCUGCGGGGCUUCUACGACGACGUCGACGACGGCGCGCGCGACGGCCGCUUCGCGCGCCCGCGCGCGCGGUUCGCGGACGACAUCACCUCCAGAGAGGCGUUCACCGCGGCGCUCGCGUCGCAGCGCCUCGCGCUCGCGCUUUUCGCCCGAGCGCUCCGGCCGACGACGGACUUCGUGCGCUUCUACUUCACCGCCGGCGUCGCCGAGCUCGUCGCGUUCGCGUGGCGACAGACGCGCGCGACCGACCCGAAAGUCCUCGCGCGCGUCCUCGUCGCCGCGCUGACGCUCGCGUUCGCGCGCACGUGCGCGCUGCGCUUUCGGCGGCAUCUGCGACGCGCGAAAUACCUCGCGCGAGGCAGGGCGCGCGUCGGACGCGCGCGGCGACGCGUCUCGGACGCGUGCGCGAAAAUCGUCUCUCCGUUUGUCGCCGCGCGCCGCCGCGCGUCGCGGUUCGCGCGCGGCGUGACGCGUCGCUACGCGCUGACGAUGCGAUGGAUCGCCGCGAAGAGCCGCGUCGCGGCGAUGCUCGCGCCGCAUCUCGUGCUCGCGUCCGUUGGCGGCGCGAUCGUCGCGACGCUCCCGGACGAGGUUCGAGCGGCGGUUCGGAAGCGCGAGGUGGUGGCGUCCGUCGCGUUGCUCGUCCCGACGUACCUCACGACGAAAGCGCUGGAGCGGUGCCGGAACGCGCGGGUGGAGGACCCCCCGGAGAAUCUGAAUCUGAAGCCGCCGACGUCGCCGCCGACGUCGACGUCCGGGGGCAGCGGCGGCGGCGGCGUCUCGGCGGGCAAAGAGAAGGACGCGCCGGAUCGGUCCGCGGCUGAAGACGCGAUGGUCGCCGCGGAGGCUUGGCUUCGGUACUGGGCGUCCGCGGCGCCGCUCAUGCUGUUCGUGGACCUCCCUCUCGUCGCGACCGGACUGCACGUGUUCUUUCCGUGGUGGCCCGAGUGCACGCUGUUGUGGACCGCGUGGCUGACGUUUCCGAUGACGUCCGGGGCGAAGUCGUUGACGACGUUCGCGGCGCCGCAUUUCUUCACGCUGAUGCACGGCGAGCGCGCGGGUCGCCGCCGCGUCGCCGCCGCGUCCUUUUCCUCGGGGGAGAGCGGCGACAAAGAGAAGGACAAGGACGCGAACGCGAACGCGAACGCGAGCUCGACGACGACGGCGUCGAUGGGUUUGUCGCGGUGGAUCGCCGCGCCCGCCGCGCGCGCGCGACGACUCCUCGACUCUGGCGCGCACCGUUCCCUGAAGAGCUUCGCGUGGGGUUUACGCAUGUGCGGAUUUAGGCGCGCGGGCGCGGCGUUGACGCGCGCGGUGGACAACACGACGUUACCCAUGGUCGGAUGCUUUCUCUUCUUCUUCACGCCAUCGUUCCUCACGUCCUACGGCGUCGCCGUCGCCGCGUUAGUCCUCCCGACCGCGUCCGCGUUGGACGCGCUCGAGAGAGUCGACGCGCGCGGCCGCCUCCGCGCGCCUCGCGAGCGCGCGCGACGCGUGUGCGCGCAGCUCAGGUACUGGCUCUCGUACAGCAUGAUAUGGAGCCUCGCGCGCGAGUUGAGCCGCGGCGCGCUGUCGUGGUUCCCGUUCUGGCGGCACCUGGAGCUCGCCGCGGUGUUCUGGCUCGUCGUGUUCGGCGGCGCGGACGACGUCGCCGCGCGCGUCGUCGCCGUCAAGGAGGGCAUCGCGUCGGAGCACCGCGAAGCCGCGGAACAGGCGAGGGCGCGGUUUGCCGCCGCGGAGGAGAGGCGGAGAGGGAGCUCGGAGAGGUUGGGGUUGAGCGGGGCGGGGUCGGCGGCGGCGGCGGCGGGCGGGGGCGCGGGGUCCUUAUCGUCCUCGCGCGGGGGGAGCGGGACCGGGAGCCCGGGCGGCGGCGGCGGCGGCGGGUCGCGCGCGAGCUCGGGAGCGUCCACGCCGACGGGAUCCGUCUCGUCGAGGGGCGCGCGGGACGGCGGGCGCGGGGACGACGAGGGCGCGGGCGCAGAGGGGGACGCGGACGCGAAGCCCGGGGUGUUUUUGACCGAGGAGAGCGUGCGGAAGCGCGUCGCCGUGGCGCCGCCGGCGACGGGCGAGCGGCGUGAAUAA